GAUGAGUAUUCUUGAGCAUUAAAAUUCCAACUAUUUUUAAGUAUUAAAAUUCAAGUCUUAGACAUGGAUGUAAUUAGAAAACCUCGGGAAGGCCUUGAUGAGUAUUCUUAAGCAUUAAAAUUCUUGAGUCUGAGACAUGGGUAAAUUUUAGUAUUACAGACUCAAUUAUUGUAUUCUUUAAAAUCCUUUCAAUUCAACGAAAAGAAGCAGGGCAUUUCGGAGAACAGCCGUUGCCUUUUGUGGAGCAAUAUUACGCCAAAUUAACAAUAAUAAAAACACCACCCUCGGCAACAGAAAGAUUUGAGUAAUAUACAGUCGGAAGUAGUAGUAUGAUUAAACGAGCAAUGAGUUCCAUCUACAAAUGCUGCCAGUCGGUGCCGGCAAGCUCAAGGCCAUGUUGGGGUCUCUCAGCGCCCUCUCGGCUCCCCACAUAUAGUAGAAAUAUAAAUGGGGGCUUUUUAGACCUACACAAAAACAGUUUUGCUCCUUCUAUCUUUAUGAAUGCAGCUUCAGCUAGGUUCAUGUCUGCAGUUCCCGUUCAUAAAAUCAAAGUGGAAAAUCCCAUCGUAGAAAUGGAUGGCGACGAAAUGACAAGGGUCAUCUGGCACAUGAUCAAAAACAAGCUUAUAUUUCCAUAUUUGGAGCUGGAUUUAAAGUACUUUGAUCUUGGACUGCCGAAUCGAGAUGCAACCAAUGAUAAAGUUACUGUGGAAAGUGCUGAGGCCACUCUCAAGUAUAAUGUGGCAGUAAAGUGUGCAACAAUUACCCCUGAUGAAGGAAGACUUAAGGAGUUUGGACUGAAGUCAAUGUGGAAGAGCCCCAAUGGCACAAUAAGGAACAUACUGAAUGGUACUGUCUUUCGUGAGCCGAUUCUCUGCAGGAAUGUCCCUAAACUUGUCCCAGGUUGGAAGAAACCUAUAUGUAUUGGUAGGCAUGCUUUUGGGGAUCAGUAUAGUGCUACAGAUACUAUCAUUAAAGAACCAGGAAAACUCAAGAUGGUAUUUGUUCCAGAGUCAGGAGAGAAACCAUUAGAACUUGGUGUAUAUGAUUUUAAAGAUGGAGGGGGUGUGGCAAUGACUAUGUUCAACGUUGAGAAGUCUAUUCGAGCCUUUGCUCAUUCUUCAAUGGUGAUGGCAUACUCCAAGAAGUGGCCUCUCUAUUUCACUACAAAAAAUACCAUCCUUAAAAAAUAUGAUGGCAGGUUCAAGGACAUCUUGCAAGAAGAAUAUGAAAAGAAGUGGAAAGACAAGUUUGAAGAGGCAAAUAUUUGGUAUGAACAUAGGCUGAUAGAUGACAUGGUGGCUUAUGUUCUCAAAAGUGAAGGCGGGUAUGUUUGGGCUUGCAAAAAUUAUGAUGGGGAUGUUCAAAGUGACUUUCUUGCACAAGGUUUUGGUUCCCUAGGAUUGAUGACAUCAGUGCUGUUAUCCUCAGAUGGGAAGACUGUUGAAGCUGAGGCUGCACAUGGAACUGUCACAAGACAUUUUCGAGUUCACCAGAAUGGAGGGGAAACAAGUACUAACAGUAUCGCAUCAAUAUUUGCUUGGACACGUUGCCUUGAUCAUAGGGCAAAGCUGGAUGGUAAUAAGGAGCUUUUGGAUUUCGUGCGCAAACUAGAGGCUUCAUGUGUGGAAACUGUAGAAUCUGGGAAAAUGACAAAGGACCUUGCCAUUUUAAUUCAUGGGUCAAAGGUUUCGAGAAAUCUCUACUUGAAUACAGAAGAAUUUAUUAAUGCUGUUGCUGAAUGUCUAAAUUCAAAGAUCGAAUUAUCUAGAGUGUAAAUCAACUUCCAUUACUGGCAGUAGUGUAGUGGGUUCUCAAACAGCCAUGUCAUUUAUGCGGCCUUAUUUGACAGCUACUUUUUGUAGAUAAAAACGAGGGGCUAGUUCAAGUGGUCCUUUCUCUUAUCGCAUCAUUUUUUUCCAUGAGCAUAUGUAAUGAUCAUUUGCAAUAAAGAUCUUGCAUUUUUGCAUCUAUUCAAGAGAGAUGUCAUUUGUCUUUGAAGAACGCUAGACACAUAUUUUUCAAACUCGCUAAUAAAUUUCCAUACGCAAAUCGUGUUAGCCAGGA